UCCGUCUCUAAAAAUCGCAGAUAGAGCCGGAAACCAGUCCAACCAGUGUACACGGAAGCUGUCUGCUAGGGAAGGGGGCGUGGUCUGCGUAGUAAAUGUAGGCCAAAGAGAGUUGUAAGUUUCAUAGGAGAAACUUCAUGACAGAACCUGUGUUGCCAUGGUGAUCCUGACGCUGGCCAGUAGUGUCCAGGCUCCGAUACAGAGUGUUCUCCGGCCGUCCAUGUGGGUGCCAAGAGUCCGCGAUCUUCACGUCCACCGAGAGAAAUGGAGAAUAGACCAGUCUUCCAUGGACUUCGUGGAGACAGUAAAGAAGGGCCUUGCCACCAUGAUACAGGAGGACCAGCUGGGAACAUUCUACGAUAUACACAAGAUUGAGAAGGACUUUGUGAGAAUAUUUGCCUUUACCUGGGCAGAAUGGCUGGAUAUUGUUGAAAUCAAACUGACUGACAAUCAUGCUGAGGUUGUGUCAUUUUCCAGUGGUUUGUUUCCCCUGUCCAUUCCGUUUGCCUGCAUAUUAAAUGUUGCUCUCUUCUGGUGUCCGUUCUAUGGACACAAAUUUAACGUCAACAGACUGGAGAAACUACGCACUGCUAUGGGAGUCAAUCUCAGUGUCCAAGAUCAGUGAUGACCGACAGUAUGGAAGAAUACACAUUGAAACUAAGCUUUAAGUGGUUAUCAUCUUACAUUGCAUUUAGAUGGUCAUACAUUCUACAAAUCAAUCUUGUGAUCUCUUGUGUAAGUCUAAGUAACAAUAUGGACUUAUAAUACAUGUAGUCUCCAGUUACUGUAAGGGUACAUGAGUUAGAGUAUACAAGGGGGAUAGUUCUGUGGAUAUGCAAUGUGUAUAUGCAUAUACAUGUAUAGUAAACUUGUAUAUCUAUAGAACUAUACCCCUUGUUCAUCGCACCCACUUCUAAAUGCCCCUCAAAGGAGUUUCAUCAAUAUUAAGACCAGGAUUCAAAACACAAACUGAUUUGCAGAUUACUCUCAUUUUAAACACUUGUAUGUUAGCUUAGGAUUCCAAAUAUAUCUAAUCUAAAGCCAUGGGGAUUCCAAGUUGGAUUUGGUCCCUAGCAACCAAUUCUGGUUGUCAGAGGUGAAGAAAAAGUUUGUCAUCCUCUGUGACUCGCUUGAAGGCUUGGUACCUGAUGGCUACCAUCAUUGCUCACAAUGUCAAUCAUGGGAUUGUCUGGCCCAGCCUGGUAUUUCACAGGCCACCAUCAUACAGCUGGAAUAUUCCUAAUUGUGACAUUACACAGCAACCACAAUAACAUGCUGGUGGUAACCGGAAACAAUGUGGUACCGGUAAAUGUUGCUGAUUUGGUUGAUGCAUGCCACUGUAUCGCAAAUUUAUUGCACACAUGAAGAUCACUCAAUUAUCUGGCCCAAACAUGAAUAUUUAUAGACUGCCAUCAAAUGGCUGGAAUAUUGCUGUCUGCGGCUUUAAAAAAUGACCACACACAUCAUUAAAUCUAUAUACAUGCUUGAUAUUAUAUUUGCAUUACUUCAGCCUUGUCUGUGUUUAAAAGCUGAUAGUCAGGAUUCUGUAUCUAUUUGCAGUUCCCCUUUAUAUAAUCCAAGGCUGUGAAACAUUGUAGGAUUAUAAAUUACCUAAUUUUAACAUGAUAUUUUCGUUGUGUUUCCGGGAGAGUCUUGUAAUCCAAGGUGCUGUAAUGUUGUAGAACUAUAUCUUACCUAAUAUCUAAAUCAUAUUCUUGUACUGAUUUUGACUCGAUAUUUGUGUUCAAAAUACAGUCAAUAUUCUUCAGUUGUCAGGAAAGCCUUGUCCUCGGUCUGUCCAGUGCUUGCCAAAUGCAAUAGUAUUAUGUUUACUUGAUUUUACAGUAUUAUAUUACAGAUGUUUACUAUGUGAAUUUAUAUGAUGACUGUGCUGAUAUAUGUAAAUUGAAUGUAUGUUUUGUCCCUUAAAACGUGUGACGGCAAUAUUUUCUGUAUUGAUCCAGUAAAUUUUUCCGAAUGGCAA